GGCCGGCUGAUUUGGAAAUGCUCGAAUCAUUAAAGCAGCUAUAAGUAAAUAGAUUAGGAAGUACAUAGAUAAAUAUUUGUUUCUCGUUGCUUAACGUCAAUUCAAAAUUUCAUUUACGCUGAAGCGCUCGCAGUUUGUUGCUGCGUUUCCUCAAGUUUUCGCUCGUCUUUCGAAAAGAAUGUUUCACAAUAAAAAUUCUACUGACGACGUCUUCAUCCGCUUGGAGGACGUGGAACCCCUUUGCAGCGAGAAUUGUAAAAUCAAAGAUCGAGUUUAUGUGGAGUCUAUUCUAAAUGAAUUUCUUAAGGGAGGAGCGGAUCGCCUGCAAUUUGUCACAGAUUUUGAUUUUACCAUCACAAAGCAGCGUACUUCGGAUGGCUCGCCCGUUUUGAGCAGUUUCGGCAUACUCAAUGCUUGCGAAUCGUUACCACAAAGUUUUAUUGAUGAAUCCAAAAAGUUGCACCAUAAAUACCGCCCCAUUGAAAUCGAUCCCCAUAUACCCGUUAAAGAAAAAGUCCAAAGUAUGAUUGAAUGGUGGACCAAAACAAGUGAAUUGUUGGUGGGGUUUCCGCUGGAGCAAGCUGAAAUUGAUGGCAUCGCCUACAAGUACAAAGACUCCCUUCGUGAUAAAUCGGAUGUUUUAUUUCACACUUUGGAUCGCUUGAAUAUACCUGUUUUGGUAUUUUCUGCUGGUUUGGGCAAUUCGGUUGUAUCACUUUUGCAACAAGCCAAUUUAAUGUAUCCCAACGUGAAUGUUGUUUCCAAUUUUCUGCAAUACAAGGACGGUGUACUUGACGGAUUUCAAAAACCUAUGAUACACACGUUUAAUAAAAAUGAGACCGCCUUGGAUAGUCACAAAUAUUAUGAUUUAGUUCAUAAUCGCGAUCAUAUUAUUGUUAUGGGAGAUUCCAUUGGAGACGCAGGCAUGGCAAAUGGAGUACCGGCUUCAUCGCACAUAAUUAAAAUUGGAUUUCUUUAUGAUCAUGCCGAAGAGAGUCUGGAGAAGUAUAUGAACGCCUUCGAUGUCGUUCUUAUUGACGAUCAAACAAUGGAUGUUCCUUUGGCUAUUUUGAAUGCUGUGGAGAAAUGCAAACAGCCCAAUUAAAAGCCCAACUCUGGCCUCGACUUUAAGAUUUAAAAUAAAUGUGACACUAAGAAGAGCCAUUGUGAAGCUAG